AGUUUGUCGACGAUUGCAAACACACUUGUCAAUAAUAUAAUAAUGCCGGUUCCGAACAGAGAUGGUCUUAAAAUAGUGAAUAUCGACGUCAAGGAUGUGAGGUUCCCUACUUCAUUGGGAGGUCAUGGCUCCGAUGCUCUGCACACUGAUCCUAACUAUUCCUGUGCGUACGUCACGACGACUACUGAGAAUGGGAAACAGGGAUACGGACUAACGUUCACAUGCGGCCGAGGCACCGAGAUAGUGGUGCUCACUAUCCGGUCUAUGAAGAAGUUCAUCUUAGGACGCAAUGCUGCAGAUAUCUUUUCAGAUUUCGCAGGCUUUUGGCGUUCCAUCACGAACGACUCUCAGAUGAGAUGGCUUGGUCCUGAAAAAGGAGUUGUACAUUUAGUAGUUGCAGCAAUAAUAAAUUCCUUGUGGGAUUUAUGGGCACGACUCGAAAAUAAACCACUGUGGAGAUUGUUAGUCGACAUGUCACCUGAGGAGCUGGUUUCAACGAUAGACUUUCGUUACAUAACUGAUGUACUCACUAAAGAAGAAGCCAUUAAAAUCUUGAAAGAUAAGGAACCGGGAAAGGAUGGUAGGGUAAAAGAUAUGUUAGAAAAUGGUUAUCCAGCUUAUACUACUCAAGUUGGUUGGCUAGGUUAUAGUGAUGAACUUGUUAAAGAACUAUGUGCAAAGUACUUAAGCCUUGGCUUCAAACACUUCAAAGUAAAAGUCGGGCUCAAUUUUGAGGAUGAUUAUAGAAGAUGCAGCCUCGUAAGGAAAUUUAUUGGCGAUGAUAAAUUUCUAAUGGUGGACGCGAAUCAAGCGUGGAGCGUCGACGAAGCGAUCGAGUGGAUGAAGAAACUGGCGCCUCUGAAACCGAUGUGGAUCGAAGAGCCCACGUCGCCGGAUGACGUACUCGGGCACGCCGUCAUCGCGCGAGCCUUGCAGCCUUACGGUAUCGGUGUAGCGACUGGUGAGAUGUGCGCUAACCGCGUAAUGUUCAAGCAGUUCCUACAAAGCGGUGGAAUGCAGUACUGUCAGAUAGAUUCCGCACGCAUCGGAGGUGUGAACGAGAUUCUUUCGGUCUACCUCAUGGCGGAAAAAUUUAAAACGCCGGUGUGCCCGCACGCGGGCGGCGUGGGCCUGUGCGAGAUGGUGCAGCACCUGCAGCUGUGGGACUACGUGCGCGUGUCGGCCAGCCGCGCGCGCCUCGUGGAGUACGUGGACCAGCAGCACGAGCACUUCGUCGACCCGUGCCGAGUGCUCGACGCUAACUACGUGGCGCCCACGGCACCCGGCUAUAGCACGCAAAUGCUUCCGGAAACAUUGGAAAAAUUCGCUUACCCAAAUGGAACCGAAUGGCAACGAAUGUUUAAGGAGGGUAUAUUCACCAAGCCAGAUGAGGCGGAACUUGUCAAUGAAUAAAACAAUAUUUAAAUAAUCAUUUUUAAUAAAAAAACUAUAGUAUAAAAUUUAAGGCUAUGAUCUUAAGUCUAAUGUUUAAAAAUCCUUUAAAAUAAAUAAGUGGCCUGCAAAAGUUUA